AUGGGCUGGCUUACCUUGUUAUUCUUUAAUAAGGUGUAUCAAAUACACUUUGCAUUGGCCAUCUACAAGGCAUAUAAGCGGGUGGCUCGUCUGUUCACUCACACAACCGAGAUGUACCGCAUUUGUCAUUCGGCUACAAUAUUGAUCGGCUGGACAUCCGACGACAUGACCAAUGAAGAUAACAGUGAACAGCUACCACUACUAGAAGAUGAAAAAUACAAUUCGAUAAUCAACUUGCCUCCAAUGACCAUUUGUCGUAUAGAGAAAUCGUUGAUGUAUUCCAAAAUUCUCCUGAAAGAGCAAAUGGAAUUAACAUUAGAAUCAUGUAAUGUUGAUGAAGUUGUGGAUGGAAUCCGCACAAAAAAAGGAUUUCCAGUUGGACAGAGUCCAGAGCUACAAAUCUUAAAAGCAUGUGUGAGUCAGAUUGCAGAGUAUUUUGCGCUGGUACGACAGAUCAAGGCCAAGACUUCCACCGUUUAUAGCAUAGAGAAUCCAGCGCAUGAAGAGCAAUUACUCACGCUGUGGAGCGCAUUGAUGCCCAAUGUUAAAUUAGAGUCACGACACACACGCCAGUGGAUAGAGAUUGGGUUUCAGGGUUCAGAUCCAGCCACAGACUUUAGAGGAAUGGGUAUCCAAGGACUAGAUGAUCUAGUGUAUUACAGCUCCCGGCAUUCAGAAUCUGCAUUAACAGCCUUGAAACACUCAAUGGAUGGUGAAUCAUGGUAUCCAUUCGCGAUUGUUGGUAUCAAUAUUACCCAAUACGCUGUCCGAACUCUUGAAUCACGCCGUCUUCAGUCUUAUCUUUAUCGUCAUGGAAGUACUAUAAAGUCUUAUCAGGAAUUCUACAGUUAUUUAUUCCAUACUUUUGAUGCUUUCUGGAUUAACCAUCAACCUCCCUUGACUGUCAUGGACUUUGAAAUGGCAUUUGGGGAGUUCAAGGCUAUCACAGAUGCUGCCUUGGAGGCAGUUGUACCACUAGAUCCAGAUCACCUAGAGUCGUCUUUGCAAAUCUCCCCCAGUACUCUCAUUCAACGAAAGAAAGAUCCCCGAGUUUUGUCUCAUAUUCAAGAAUAG